AUGGCUACCGACGGCCAGCUCUUCGCAGGUCCGCUAGGUAAGCUGUUAAGAGACAUCGCCCGGGGGAGCAGCGAGGCCGUGACCUUGAUUGGCGGCCCCACGCCUUUCAAGUACACGUACACGGGCAUCGGGUUCGUCGACGCGGUCAUCUCGCACUGGACCGCCUUCGUCGCCGCCCUGGUCGACGACCCCGAGCUCCGCUGGAACACAUGGGCGCUCUACAUCGAGUCCAUGGGGCAGUUCUGCGUCGGCUGGGGUCUGCUGCUGCUCGAGUGCAGGCGAGCGGGGAACCGCGGCCUCGCCGUGAGCUGGGCCGGAACGCUCGGCGUCGUCUUCCAGGCCAUCUCCUGGGCGUUUUCCCUGCCGCUGUACUUCGGAUUGCAUCUUCUCACGUCGCCCAUAUCGAAGUUGAACGGUAAUGGCGGUAAGAUUACCGGCGAAUCUGCGCGAAAGCUCUUGUUCGUCGACCUCUGGGACCUGGCUCUUAUGCCCAUCUCCCUAACCCUGGGCACUCUUAUCCCUACUCUCUUCAUGAGCUUGCCUUCGCUCUUUUCUUCCAUUGGACAUUAUAGCUGGAUUGCAUUCUGGAUCCCCUUUGGACCGUGGACGGUGAUUGCUAUGGACCUCUUCAAAAGCGUGGCAUCCUCCGCAGUUGGUGCUCUCGGCCCAACGGAUACCAACGGUAAACCUACCACACCCGGCAAGGGCUUUUACGUCGCUGUGUCGACCGUAUACAAAUUCAACAUGGCUGUUUCCGUGCUCACACAUUUGCCAUUUAUGGCCACAUCCGUGUUACCUGGCCCCUUGCGCUCCGCUCUCAUUUACGCAUUCCCCAGCUGCGCAUCCUUCUUCUCGGACAUCACGUUCACGAAGACGUGGGUGCCGCACCCCUUCUUCGGACAGCCGGCCAUAGAUCCGGUCGCCAACGGACCUGGUAGAUUUGGUCCCUUGGUCGCCGACUUCUACCUGUUCGAUUUGUACCUAGGAAACGGAGCGAUGCUUCUAUGGGCUUUGUACCUAUACCUUAAGCAGACUGGAUCAUCUCCGGCGAAGGCCAUACAGAAGGCCGCGGUCUGGUCGUUCCUUGGUGGGUUUGUCGCCGGCGCCUUUGCACUGCUCUGGGAGCGUGAUGAGCUGGUCCAGGAAGGUGAGAAUGACGCGAAGAGGAAAUGA